UAAAGAGGAAAAGAGCGUAAUUACAUGAUUGAUUUGCUACUUGGACACGACCGCCAUAUAUCGCUGACAAGUCCAAGAUGCCAUAGUAAUACCCAACAAAUCAGUUUUAAAUAGGAACAGAGAGAGAAAAAGCUAGAGGCUCUGAAAUGGCUAAAUUUCCCUUCUUGUUGUUUCUGGCAUUGUUUGCAAGGCUAGAAGGACUAGGAGAAGGCCAAGAUGAGUGCAAGGUAGAUUCCAGGUGCAAGAAGCAUGGUCCGGCCAUCCGUUUCCCCUUCCGGCUUAAAGAGGACAGGCAGCCCGGCCACUGUGGCUAUCCCGGGUUUCAGCUAACGUGCGACGAGAGAGAACAAACGGUACUCGAGCUGCCAUAUUCAGUGAAACUGCUUGUCAAGAAGAUUGAUUACAAGUCUCAAUUCAUUCACCUUCAGGACCCCAAAGGCUGCCUUCUAGGACGGCUUAUAAAACUCAAUUUGUCUGCCUCUACUUUUCAGUUUUAUCCAGAUUCUGAAAGCUACUACUUGUCUGCGUAUGCUUUAUACAAUUGUUCUGAACCAAAGAGAUAUUUACGAUUCUUCAUUCCUUGCCUUACAACUGCUCCCGGAGAUCACAUUUAUGCUGUCCCUUCUUAUGCCUAUUACUCUUCCCUUACUUCCUGCACAAAGAUUGGUAACUACACUUCAUCACUUCCUUAUCGUCUAUUUUCUGAUUUGAGUGAUAAUCUUGUAUUGUCUUGGUCGGAACCAAAUUGCACAAAAUGUGAAUCAGAAGGCAAAUUAUGUGGCUUAAAGAAUCAUACCACUGGACAUCAUGGUAUUGAAUGCCUCCACAUGCCUAAAACAACAAAAGGUUCAUCAAUAACACUAGUUGUGACAGCUAUCGUGAUAUCAGUUCUCCUAAUUCUUGCUCUUGGAAUCGUAGUGCUCUAUCGUGUCUAUAACUCAAACAAAAUGUUGAAGGAAGAUGAAGUAAAGAUUGAAAUGUUUUUGGAGGACUACAGAGCACUCAAGCCCUCAAGAUACUCAUAUGCUGAUAUCAAAAAGAUCACAAAUCAAUUCAAGGACAAACUGGGGCAAGGGGGUUAUGGGACAGUGUUCAAAGGAAAACUUUCCAAUGAGGUUUUUGUAGCUGUUAAGGUCCUCAACGAUUCAAUAGGAAAUGGAGACGAGUUCAUCAAUGAAGUGGGAACAAUGGGUGGAAUCCACCAUGUGAAUGUGGUUCGCUUGGUUGGAUUCUGUGCUGAUGGAUCUAGACGAGCUCUUGUUUAUGAGUUUUGCCCAAAUGAUUCUUUAGAAAAGUCCAUCUUUUCAGAAGAUCAGAAGAACCAUUUCCUCGGUUGGGAGAAGCUGCAAGAUAUCGCCCUGGGCAUAGCCAAAGGAAUCGAAUAUCUUCAUCAAGGGUGUGACCAAAGAAUCCUUCAUUUUGAUAUUAAACCUCAUAAUAUAUUGUUGGACCACAAUUUUAAUCCAAAGGUCUCUGAUUUUGGCCUAGCAAAGUUGUGUCCCAAGGACCAAAGUGCUGUCUCCAUGACUGCUGCAAGAGGGACCGUGGGUUAUAUUGCACCUGAAGUAUUUUCUAGGAAUUUCGGUAAUGUGUCAUAUAAAUCAGAUGUAUAUAGCUUCGGAAUGUUGUUGCUUGAAAUGGUUGGUGGGAGGAAAAAUAUUGAUGUUAAAGUAGAGAACACUAGCCAAAAAUACUUCCCCGAAUGGAUUUACAAUCAUUUACAUCAAGGAGAAGUGCUAGGUAUGAUCAGCAUUGAGAUUGAGGAACAUGCAAAAAUAGCAGAGAAACUAGCUAUUGUUGGGCUCUGGUGCAUUCAGUGGUAUCCUGUUGAUCGGCCUUCCAUGAAAGCUGUGGUUCAAAUGCUGGAAAAAGAAGGAAACAACUUGACCAUGCCACCAAAUCCUUUUGCUUCUGCAACAAAAACAAACACAAGUUCAAAAGGUUUCAAUAGAGAGCUAGAAAUUAUUUCAGAAUGAAAUUAAGAAGCACAAUUGUGAUUUGUAAUGUUUCUUGCCGGUAUAGUAUAAAUAUUAAUGGUAGGUAGGCCAAAAAAAAAAAUCCCAUCUUGUAUAAGUUUCCAGGGCUUUUAAUAUGUUGUAAUGUAAUAUUAUUCGCAGAAACAUCUUAAUUAUGGUGUCAAAUUACAA